GUAUUAGGUUAUCAUAAUGACAACUGCACAUCGACCAACUUUUGAACCAGCACGUGGUGGAUCUGGUAGAAAUGAGGGUGAUCUUUCGAAGCUGUCACAGCAGUAUUCAAGCAAGGAUAUGCCAUCACACACAAAACUUAAAUAUCGUCAAAAAGGACAAGGCCACGCAGAGGAUAUCAAAUCGAGGGAUUUCCGUCGAGAAUUGGAAGAGAAAGAGAAAAAUAUGGGGCGUGAACGAAGAAGUCGAGAAAGUGGUUGGAAUGUGCAAAAGAAACCAAGGUUGGAAGUGAGCUCAGCACCAAAUGUUCAAGAUGAGGACGACCCUUAUGAUGAUGAUGUCAAUGAUAAUUCAGAUGAAGAUGAGGAUGACGCCGCGGAAUUGAUGGCUGAACUGGCUAGAAUCAAGAAGGAGCGAGCACUGGAGAAAGCUCAGCGUGAUGCGGCAUUAGCUGAAGAACAGGAACGAAUCAGAACCGAAAACAUUCUACACGGGAAUCCACUGCUCAAUUCUGAGACAUCAGAUUUCAAGGUGAAACGACGGUGGGACGAUGAUGUAGUUUUCAAGAACUGUGCUAAGGGUAUCGAAGAACGCAAAAAGGAGCAGGUUUUUAUCAAUGAUGCCAUUCGCUCUGAAUUUCACAAGAAGUUUAUGGAGAAAUAUAUCAAAUGAUCAGUUCGUGGUCUCCUAUUACGCACUAUUUCAAUCGAGAGAUUUGAGACUUCUCAUGUUUCUGCCUGUUCUACAGUGUAUAUUUAUGCUAAAUCACGUUAAAAUGCGAUAUUUCAAGGCAAGCUGUAAAUAAGAAAGAGAGGUGUGAAAUUUGAAUCUUUUCAAUAAAACUGGAGUUUUGUGGCGACAUAUGAAUUGUUAUUUGUGGACAAGUAUAAAUUUUUC